AUGACGAUCGAUGAGAAGUAUAUCGGCUUGGCCUUGGCCAUGUCGUCUAGUUUGGCUAUAGGCACGAGUUUCGUGAUCACGAAAAAGGGUUUGAUCAUGGCCGGCGAGAGGCAUGGCUUCGAGGGCGACGGUUUCGUUUACUUGAAGAACCCCGUCUGGUGGGCCGGAAUUCUGAGCUUGGUCCUAGGGGAGAUCUGUAAUUUUGCCGCAUACGCUUUCGCUCCGGCCAUCCUCGUCACGCCGCUCGGUGCCCUCAGCGUCUUGAUCGGAGCCGUACUCGGAUCAUAUUUCCUGAAGGAGGAGCUGGGCACCUUGGGCAAGCUAGGCUGCGCCAUCUGCCUGAUUGGCGCCAUCAUCAUCGUGCUCCAUGCGCCGCCAGAUGAGGAGAUUGAGACUAUCGAUCAGAUCUUACACUUCGCGAUCCAGCCAGGAUACCUCCUCUACUGCAUCGUCGUGGUUGUUUUUGCUUCCGUCAUGAUCUACAAGAUUGCCCCAGUACACGGCAAGAGAAACCCCCUAAUCUACCUGUCCAUCUGCUCGACCGUCGGCUCCGUGUCGGUCAUGUCGGUCAAGGCAUUUGGCAUUGCUGUCAAGCUCACCCUGGGCGAUGAACUACUUCAACAAGGCACUGGCCACAUUUCCCACGCAAAUGCAAGUUUACUCCCUACCACUGAAGCCAGGCUUGGACUAAUCGUCGGCAGUGUCAACCCACUCUACUACGUUACCUUCACCACAGCCACAUUGUGCGCCUCCUUCAUCCUGUUCUCGGGCUUUAACACGACCGACCCCGUGAACACCCUCUCACUGCUCUGUGGCUUCCUCGUCACCUUCACUGGCGUUUACUUGUUGAACCUCUCGCGUGCGGAUCCCAACGGCGACAAGAUGCUUGGUCGCCGAGGAGGUCAGGACACUGGCGGUACGGACAUGAUCUCGAGCAUCCAGACACGGCUGAGCAUGUCCGCCCGGCGCAGCACGGAUCCCAGAGGUAGCAUGGGCGACAGGGAAGGUCUCAUGCGGGCAUACGAUGAGGAGGCUGCCGGGUUUGGCUUGGCCGACCUGGCUGAAGAAAGUGACGACGACGCCCACAGAAGGAAUGGAAACGGCCACGUCCGGAAAUCCCGUGGAAACUCGAUCGAACUACAGCCCAAGUCUGGAGAGCGCUAA